UUGUUAGGUACCUUAUUUUAGGUGAAUCAGGCUUAGAUUCGAUUGCUGGAGUUCAGGUCAUAGAAGGAUGCAGGGAGAAAGCAACAGAUGCCACGCUCGAGAAAUAAGCCCUCAAAGCUGCUGAGUCCCCCCACCCCCCAAACACACACACACACACACACACACACACACACUAGAGUAUGAGAUGCGCUCAAGCUUUCGGUGUUGCCGGACAGACGCUCCAUUUUUCUGGGGGGUUUUUUUCUUUCUUUUUUUUUGCAUCUGUAAUACAGCAAGAGGAACCAAUGAUCACCAUACAUAGGAAGCAAGUCUUGCUUUAGCAUGCAUAUUUAAGAAAUUGGUCAUCUGUUCUAGAAAGGAAAGGAUUAAAGGGGAUCUCAUGUACUUCCCUGGGUGAGAUUGCAAACAGUUCACUUGUGCAGUAGUCGUGGAGCUACAAGCAACAAACAAGUGUAGUCGGUAUGCCACCCAAGAAAAAGGGUUUGGCGGACCGUCAGGACUCAGGGACCACCGAGGAGAAGGAGAAGAAUGCUCAGGUCCAGCUGGAGAAGGCCAAGUCUAAACCUGUUGCAUUUGCUGUACGCACAAACUACACCUACACCCCUGCCGAUGACGACAAUGUUCCUAUCCCAGGACAAGGAGUUGCCUUUGAGGCUAAAGACUUCCUGCAUGUUAAAGAGAAAUUCAAUAAUGACUGGUGGAUUGGGCGGCUGGUGAAAGAAGGUGGGGAAGUGGGUUUCAUCCCCAGCCCAGUCAAUCUGGAGACUAUUCUCAUUCGGAGAGAGGUGCAAGCCAGGAAGGCCGCCAAAGCUCUAGCCAACAAAGCAGCAAGCUCUGCCAAAGAUGAUAUGAACUCGAAGAAAGUCACUCCUACUCCAACAGUUCAGCAAGUGAAGAAGAAAUCAGGGGAACAACUGGCAGCAUAUGACGUUGUGCCUUCCAUGCGUCCUGUCGUGCUGAUGGGGCCUUCACUCAAGGGUUACGAGGUUACAGAUAUGAUGCAGAAGGCCCUCUUUGAUUUUUUAAAACACAGAUUUGAAGGCAGAAUAACCAUCACUCGAGUGACAGCAGACAUUGCUCUCGCUAAGCGGUCAAUCCUAAACAACCCUAGCAAACAUGCUAUAAUGGAUCGCUCCAACACACGCUCUAGCCUUGAUGCCGCUGCUCAGAUCCAAGGGGAGAUUGAGAGGAUCUUUGAGCUUGCGCGUAGCUUGCAGCUGGUGGUUCUGGAUGCAGACACUAUAAACCACCCUCUCCAACUCAGCAAGACCUCCCUGGCCCCAAUUCUCGUCUAUGUCAAGAUCUCCUCUCCCAAGGUUCUCACCAGGUUGAUAAAGACCAGGGGAAAGUCCCAAACUAAACAUCUCAAUGUUCAGAUGGUGGCCGCAGAUAAACUCGCCCAGUGUCCCAAUGAGGUCUUUGAUGUAAUCUUAGAUGAGAACCAGCUGUCAGAUGCCUGUGAGCACAUAGCUGAAUACCUGGAGUCUUACUGGAGAGCCACUCACCCCCCAGACGUGGAAACAGCCAAGCCUGCAGUGGAGCCCACAGAGAGUACACUUCCCUGCAGCCCCACACCUGCUAAGGAUGAAUCGAAAAGCAGGAGGGCAGUGGCUACUAAGAGGAAGGGAUCUCUGGAGAACCAACUGGAGCAUCCCAGGAAUGAGGAGCAGAAAGAGGAUGAAAAAGAGGAAGUGAGGGAGGAAGAGGCAGCUGAGGAGGAGCGCCUCCUGAAGAGUGAGCCAAAGAGACCCCAACAUAGCCACCACCACCACCGUCACCGUCACCAUCACUGCCGGACCAGCACAGACCACACCGAACAGCACAACCACCACCCUGCCCACUUACAAAACAUGGACAUAGAUAAUGUGGCAGGUAAGCACUCCGAGCCUCAGAGCCAUCGUUUGCUGCUAGAUGAAGAAGGAUUGGACCAAACAGAGGCACACCCAACCCAGAUUACAAUCCAUAAAGACCAAAACCACCACCACCAUCACCACCACCAUCAUCAUCACCGCAAGAGCACGGACAAUCACAAUGAAUGUGGACAGGACUAUAAACUGAAGCACAAUCAGCGCAACAGGCAGCAUAGUCAUCACAGACAGCUACGCCCUUCUAAUGAACAUACGCUGCCUUUACACCACUAUGUAUCAUCUGAACAUGAACAGCACUACAGCCUUGAACACAAAUACCACUACCGUGGCCGAGAGCGAGACAGAGACAGGAACAAGGAGAGGGACAACGACAGACAUGAUGAGGCUGGAAACUGGAGCAGAGAUAUGUACAUUCAUCACUGACUGAUUUGCAGUGUGCUGAUGCUGCUAUGUGAAACCUAGGUGUAAUGUUAAUACUUGUACCGUUCAAAGGUCUCACCAAGAGCAUGCACAACUACUGUAUAGGCUUAGAAUGUAGGUGCAAAUGCAGGUUACCUAAUUAUUAUUCAAAUGUACUGUAUUUUUAAAACAUAUAUUACAGCUGAUUCAUCUCAAUAUUUUACAAUCUAUUUAAUUUUUAUUUUUUUUUACCAGAAUAGUUUAACAUUAAAUAUUGCUAAGGACAGUGCUUUGCAAGAACAACCAGUAAAGAACAAAGCAUCUUUUCAGUUAUAUCUACCUGGCAUUUCCAUUUAGCCAGUUUACAGAAGUAUGCUGUUUCUACUGUCUAAUAGGAGCAUAAUCUUACACAACACAUGUGAAAUAACAAAAUUAGACUAGUUUUUGCUUCCACAGUCUGCCUUAAGAAACUUCUGAGAAACCCUUUUUUUUCUACCUAUAUUUUAACAUAAGCUCUUUUUUUCUGGCUAUUUGUAUUUAUUUUCCACAAUAUGGCUUCUCAAUGAUCAAAUCAUCACGGUUCAAA